AUGUUUAUCCUAACUAAGAUCAGGGAUCUGGUUCGAAUCCCACCUGAUCAAUUCCGAAGGGAUACUAUAUCUGCAACAAAACACCAAUUGAAUAAUAAAUUUGCUAACAAAGUGAUCCCACAUGUUGGGCUUUGCAUUACAGUUUAUGAUUUGCUAGCGGUAGAUGAAGGUCAACUGAAGCCAGGGGAUGGAGCAGCAUAUAUUAACGUUACUUUUAGAGCAUUAGUUUUCAAACCAGUUGUUGGUGAAAUUAUUACAGGCUGGAUAUCCAAAUGUACAGCAGAAGGAAUAAAGGUUUCUCUUCUUGGUUUGUUUGAGGAUAUAUUUAUUCCAAAAAAUAUGCUGUUUGAUGGUUGCUAUUAUUCGGUGGAAGACACUGCAUGGGUUUGGCCAAUGGACGAAGAGACAAAAUUGUAUUUUGACAUUAAUGAAAAGAUCCGUUUUAGAAUCGAACAAGAGAUAUUUCUCGAUGUGAAGCCUAAAUCACCAAAGGAGAGAGAGCUGGAGGAGCAGGCGAAGGAGAAGGAAGACUUAACUGAAGAAGAAAGAAGGAAGUUUGAAAAGCCUCCAGCCUAUGCAUUAGUUGGCAGUUGUCAGACAGACGGCAUGGGUCUAGUGAGCUGGUGGGAAUAA